AUGUCUUCCCCGUUCAUGUCGCUGCCGCGGGAGCUGCGGCAGCGCAUCCUGCUUUUAGCUCUACCGCAAGAUGUCCAGCCGGCCGUCGUCCCAUACUUUUCCCUCCCUGUUCAGAAUCUUCUCCACAUAAGCCGCACUGUUCGCCAAGAAAUGCCCUGGGUCCUAAACAAUUACUCUCCACGCUUCUAUCUCCGCAGUCCUUCACAUCUCGCCGACUUUCUCUCCUUCCUCAGCAAAUACCGUGGGGUUCUCUCGUUCGAAUACAAGCCCAAGUUUGAGCACGUCAGUCUCAACAUCUUCCAUGAUGCAGAAGUCGACACAAUGCAGUGGACCUGCUACUGCCGUGGCCGCGACAUGCAUACCCACGACGAGCUCGUUAACGCGUGGGUAGUCGCCGUCCCCACGAUACCCGAGCAGGUGAAGACGAUCCUUCUGGACAUCACCCCCGCACCGGGGCCGAUGCGAGAGGACAGGCCCGAAUGGGUGCCCGGCUUCAUUCAAGACAACCGCAUCUCCAAGCGAUUUGUCACCGAGCAUGAGGCCGUUCUUAUGCACCUCGUCCAGUGCACCCAACAGCAAUUCGGUAACGGUGUCAGUAUACAGCUCAGCGGUCAACUGAGCGAGAAGAGUCGCUCGAGUCUCGAUAACGUCGUAGCUCGUAGCGCCGUGGCCGGCAUAGAUAUCAGGUUCGUGGGUGAUAUGCUUGCAGUGCAACCUCGAAUCCCUAGGCCACAGAUCUGGAAGGCUGUGCAGAAGUUAGCUCCCGUUCGGUAUAGAUGGAUCGAAGAAGAAAACCGCUCCGUGUAUGUGCCUCCGAGGAAUGAGCAAGAGCGGCAGUUGGCAGGAAUGCACAGUAUCCACUGGUCGGUAGAUACGCAGAAGCUGUGGACGAGGAUCGCGAAUCAGGACGAGGCGUGGGCAAUUGCGCUGCUCCUGAAAUUUGGCCAGUUUAUGACGAGUGGCGAUCUCGACCGGGUCGAUUUCUCGCCCAUGGAUAGUAGACAGCGCGCUUUAGUACAUAAUAUGGCAAAGGACUUGAAUUUUAACUCUCAGGCUGUUGGGGAGGAGCCGGAAAGAUUUGUAAGGAUUGAGAAAUACACUCGAAACGAAUGAGGCCAGCCCGAAUCUGGGACAUCUGAGGCGAAGGUUAGUACGCAUGAUGUUAAUGGGUUGACCUGGAUUCUUGUGGGUUCUUGGAGGUUGCGGGUUGAGGUAUGCGCUGGUAACGUGCGGCUGCAGUCAGAACUAUAGGACCAAGCUCCCGCUAAAUUCACCCCGACUCGGACAAUCAAUCCC